AUGUUCCUUCUAAGGACAAAUUCAUUGGUGGUAAUUUUAAGUUUGAUUUUAUUUCAUGGAAAAUAUAUUUUUGGAUUGGGAACCGAAAAAUUCAAGGCUAUUAAUGUAUUAGCAAAAUUAAACAAUACUGCUGCAGGUUGUGACCUUCAUGAUUUUCUUCGAUUAGAUAGCGACUUUAAAAAUUUAUCGGAUGAUUUAACUAAAUAUUGUUCACCAUCGAAAUUGGUAAAACGAUUCAGAAUCCUAUGUCAUAUGCUUUCAUAUGAGCUUGAAAUAGCUUGUGCGCUUCCAGCUAAAUCACGUCCAUCGAAAGCUCUAUACACAAGUAACACAUCAGCCAAAGAAAUAUGUGAUAGGAAAAAUAUACAAUUAACUAAUCAAUGGAUAUGGGAUAAACUAACAAAUGGUGGACAAAAAGAUAUUGGUAUCACUGCAAAAUAUUUAUGUGAUUCAGUUACAAAUUAUACGGUAACACUCCGACUAGCAAGAUUCUUUUAUAAAAUUGCGCCACUUAUUAGGCAAGCUGAUCUUUCUCAACAGGCUUCAGGAGCCGCAAAAGAUACCAAAACUGGCAAUGCUGAUGUAGCACCAACAAGUAAAGAAAAAUCACAGCAAUCUAUUGAAACUAAAGCAAAAGAGACUGGUGAAGGUACAAAAGGCAAAGCUAAUCAAACAGAAGAGGGAACCAAGGAUAAGGCUGCCCAACCAGGAGAACAAGCAAAGGACAAGACUAAUGAAGGAACCAAAGAUCAGGCUGCUCAGAUUGGUGAAGGAAUCAAAGACAAAGCCGCGCAAACUGGCGAAGGGGUAAAAGACAAAACUGCUCAAACAGGAGAAGGUGCAAAAGACAAGAUUGCCCAAACUGGUGAAGGUAUAAAAGAAAAAGCGGGUGAAGGUGAGAAACUAAAUGUAAGUGCCAAUAUUAUUUCGAACAAAGACAACAAAACUGAUCUGAUUCAAGGUAAUGUUGAUAAAGGUAAACCAUCAGAAGAAUCAUUGUCGAAUAAAACCAUUGAAAAAACAGAAUUGCGUAAAAAUGCAACCAAUGAACUCUCGCCCAAAACAGAUGAAAAUGGACAGAAAGUCUUGGAUUUGAAUAAAGAUAACAAAUCUGAAUUAGAAAACAAAAAAGAUCAAGCAAGUGCAGACGAUGAAGAUAAUGAUGAAGAUGAUAAUGGCGACAAAAUAUCGAAAGAAGCAGAACAAGCUGCGCAAAUUCCAAAACCUGAUUUAGUGAAUAAAAAAGAAGGAGAAACAGAAAUAGAUAAGACAAAAGAUGUCAAAGGAGCAAUCGUAAAUGAAACAUCGAAUCUUGCUAAUCAAGAUAAAAAGAAAGAUAAAGAAACAAAUAAUGAUCGUGAUAUGAAAUCAAAUGAUCCAAAUGAUGGCCCAGAGGAAGAUGAAGUUGAUAACGAUACUGAUGAAGACUCUAUGAAACAGUUAAGAGACCAGCAAAAGGAAUCUGAUAAGGACGAUUUGCGAUCGGCUGUUGGUGAUAAAGAAAAAGCAGCGGAUAAUGAACAUAUACCACCAGAUGAUUAUGGUACUGCUAAUGAUUCUGAUCAACAAGUCAAAACAGUAGAUCCAUCUAACGAUGAUGAAGAUGCAGAAGAUCAAGGUAUCAACCGUGAUCCAAGUGGAAUGAACAUUAGAAAACCGACUGAUGAAGAUAGAACUGGUUUCGGAAAAACGGCAGAAAAGAAUACAAAAAAUUCAGGUUCUGAAUCAUCUAAAACAAGACCGAAAGCACCAGUAUCUCGAAAAUAUGCUGAUGAUGAUGGAUGGUCUGGUAGUUUUGUCACUUAUUUUCUUCUUUUUACUUUAUUCGUUGUUAUUGGCUAUUUGGUAUUACAUCAUAAGAACAAGUUAAUGGCAUAUGUUGUCGAAGGUCGUCGUUCAGGUGCACCACGCUCUGGUAGUCGACCGUCUCAUCGUGGCUAUGAAAAAUUAAAAAAUGUUAAUGAUAUUAUUCCUAUUGAUAAUAUUAAUCCUAUAUCGGACAAAGUUAUUAUUUUGAAAACUUGA